AUGACGGUCGACCAUGCUUCAAUACCUCCAAACCAACCUCAACACCCAUUGCUACAAGAUGACAUUGGCCAGGAACAACACCACCACCAACAGCAACGUCAACGUCCUCAAUCGACACUGACCGAGUCGACAACAACCCAAGCCAACUAUUACAAUUCCUCUCAAUAUUAUGCAUCGCCACCGCCACCAUCACCAGGCUUUGCACCUUAUUCUCCAAGGCACCAACAACAACAACAGCGUGCUUAUUCUGUUACAGCUAUGCCUAGUGAGUUACAACAUGCUGUGCUUCGACACCAACAACAGCUGGCAGAACAACAACAACAACUCUUGGCUCAAGCAGCCGAGCAACCAUGGUGGCAAUAUUAUUAUCAGCUGUACCACUAUCAUCCACCUCCUGGUCGUAAACCUACCGUCUUUGGUCCGUACUUGUUAUUACAAACAUUGGGUGAAGGUGAAUUUGGCAAGGUUAAAUUGGGCAUCCACAUCGAAACUGGCCAUGAGGUGGCGAUCAAAUUGAUUAAAAAGGAUAACAUUGACUCGACCACGAGGAUGAGUAAAGUUGAGCGGGAGAUCAACGUUUUAAGGAAAGUGCGACACCCCUAUAUCGUUAAACUAUACGACGUCCUGGAGACUGAACGAUACAUUGGCAUUAUUCUUCAAUGCGCUUCAGGUGGCGAGUUAUUUGAAUACAUCUUGGCGCAUCGAUACUUGAAGGAGAAGGAUGCUAGUCGACUCUUUGCUCAACUCAUUAGCGGCGUUCAUUACAUGCAUCAGAAGCACAUUAUCCAUCGUGAUCUCAAGUUGGAAAACUUGCUACUCGAUCGGAAUAGAUGCGUUAUCAUCACCGACUUUGGCUUUGCAAAUCAAUUCUCUUCAACCAAGGAUGAUCUCAUGUCAACAUCGUGUGGAUCACCAUGCUAUGCGGCACCCGAACUUGUGAUCAGCGAAGGAUUAUACGUGGGUUCAGCUGUCGAUAUUUGGUCAUGCGGUGUUAUUUUAUACGCCAUGUUGUGUGGAUACCUGCCCUUUGAUGAUGAUCCUGCCAACCCUGAUGGCGACAAUAUCAAUUUGCUCUACAAGUAUAUCCUCAACACCGAGCUUGCCUUCCCCGAUUAUGUCAGCCCUGAAGCACGCGAUUUAUUGCGCAAGAUGCUUGUUCCAGAUCCUGCAAAGCGUUGUACUAUGGAAACCAUUAUGGAUCACCCUUGGCUCAGCCCUCACCGUUCUCUGUUCCAUCGAUCGAUUCAUGAGCUUGAGCGAGAAGCUGAGAGCACAGCUGACUUGCCAUUGCCUACACCUGUUCAAGAACCUACUCCUCCACCAGCUCAACCUGACAACAAACCAUCCGUUGACAUGAACAAUAAUAAUCAAGAGGAUGGCGUGGUGCCUGAAUCAAAGGAACGAAUGGCUACACCUACGAAUGAGGAUGAUGAUGAUGAUGAUCAAAUGGUGCCCCAAGAUAGCAUGGAUAUUGAUUCAAGUGGUCCUUCUGAAAAAGAAAAGGAGAAUCUUGUGCAUAGCGAAUCAAUCUCGGAACUCGCUGCCGAAGACAACAAAACACCAAUUGUUGCUGCUACAAACGAGGAGCAGGAGGAGGAAGAGGGUACAUACAACAACCCAUCAUCACUCGAAUUACCUGAAUCAGCACAUAUCAGUACUGAAGAAAAGCCUAUGGAACAACAACACGAGCCUACCGAAGUUGAAGAAGAUACCAAUAUGGUAGAUGAGCAACAAGAACCUCCCACCACGCCUCAACCACGCCCAUCUGCUAGCAGUAAGAAGCGUGGAAGUGAUCGUAUCAAGAGUUUACUACUUCCAAAGACUACUCCAUCCUCUUCCAAACGACCCGUUUCAGCUCUUCCAUCACAACAAUCAUCUUCUCCUGCAACAUCAGGCUCUAUCUUGCAUGCCAAAUUCCUUUCAAGUGUUCAACGACAACAACAACAACAUGAUCCAGCUAUGAUGGAGACGACUAAUACAACCACAUCACCUGUAUCGACUAUGAGUACGCCCAAUGGUGUUGGUCAUUUGGAGCAUAAGCCAUUACCACAAACACCAUCCAAGGAUAAACGUGAUCCAUCACGCGCAAGCUUGUAUCAGCCUCGUCCCCCUGCACCACAACCCUCUACGCCUACUCCACAAUCAUCAUCGCGUGGUACACGUCGCAAGGCUCUUAGCUUGCUAGUCAAUCCCAUGGCAACGGAUUCAGAGACUGGCAAAAAGACCAUAUCAUUCUCCAGUCGACGUUCAUCCAAUCGUCCAACUGCUGUAUCAUCUGCUAGCAGUGCUAGUAAGCCGAGUAUCAAGGUCGUCAAGGAAGAUGAUGAGAGACAACCUAUGCCAUCUGCCUCUGAGCAACCUGUCAGUCGUAUGCCUCCUAGUCCAACAUCACCUGAUCCAUCCAGCAAGGAAUUCAAGCAUAAGAGCGCUGGCAAAAAGUUGAUGGAUUGGUUCAAAAAGAAACCAAUGGCCACGCGAGACAAUUAUCCAUUACAUCAUGGCGGUGCUACUACUGCUGCUACUACAAACAAACCACUUGGAUCGUAUGGUGUCGAUUUCAAUGACAGCAAGUUACGCACGUAUCACGGUGCUGUGGCUCAAAAUGCAUUGACAUCACGACGACCACAACAAGUCUUGUUGGAAGUCAAGCAAACAUUGCUCAGGAUUGGCAUUGAUGUCAAGGAUGAUGGUGAAUACAAGCUCAAGUGUGUGCGUAGGAAACGUCGUCAACAACAACAUCCAUCACCUUCAUCAUCCACGGAUCCCAAAAAGCGAAGGAUGAAUGGUGGCCCACGUUUCCGUAAACUUUUACGACGACCUAGCAACAAUCCUAGCAACACAACAUCCACCAACACCACUACCACGGCAGCCGAAGAUAAUAAUAAUGCAUCAUUGAUUUAUGGUGAUCCUGUGGUGGAUCCAGGCGAGGAAGUGCGCUUUGAUAUCGAAGUAUGCAAGAUCAAGAACUUGCCUGGUUUAUACAUUGUGGAUAUUCGACGUAUGCGUGGCAAUGUUUGGUCGUACAAGUUCCUUUAUCAUACCGUACUUGGUGCUUUGGAUCUUGGUGGUAAAGGAGGUUACAUGUCAACUCGCAAUCCACACUUGCUACAACCACCACCACCUCAACAAUCCAACAAAUCGUCAUCUAAUCAUGCUGGUGAGCCCACCACAAGCAGCAACCGUAUCAGCAUGGCAAGCAGUAGUAACAACAGCAGCAGUGUUUUGGAUGAUGUCGUACCCGAAGAAACCGCCAUACAAAUAGCCGCUUCCUAA